AAUGCCUGCCCCUCUCUGACUGCACCGUCCCGCCGCUGCUGCAGCCGCCGCGCCCAAGCCAAGUCGAGCGGGGGGCGGUGCCCACCGACGGCGCAGCCCUCGGGGCCCGCCCGGGACCAGGAGGUGAGCCGCGCGCACACACAAGCUCCGUGCGCUCGCCCGUCCGAGCGCCCGCCAGGUGCCCCGCAGUCCGCCGCCGCCGAGAUGCUCAGCCCGCCGGGGCUCCUGGCGCUGUGGCUUUGCGCCGCGCUGUGCGCAUCGGCGCGCUCGGGCAGCGACCCCCAGCCUGGCCCGGGGCGUCCCGCCUGCCCGGCUCCCUGCCACUGCCAGGAGGACGGCAUCAUGCUGUCCGCUGACUGCUCCGAGCUCGGGCUCUCAGUGGUGCCCGCGGACCUGGACCCCCUGACGGCUUACCUAGACCUCAGUAUGAACAACCUCACAGAGCUUCGGCCGGGUCUCUUCCACCGCCUGCGCUUCCUGGAGGAGCUGCGGCUCUCCGGGAACCACCUCUCUCACAUCCCGGGACAGGCGUUCUCUGGCCUCCACAGCCUCAAAAUUCUGAUGCUGCAGAGCAACCAGCUCCGAGGGAUCCCAGCGGAGGCACUGUGGGAGCUGCCCAGCCUGCAGUCGCUGCGUCUAGAUGCUAACCUCAUCUCUCUGGUCCCUGAGAGAAGCUUUGAGGGGCUCUCCUCCCUCCGCCACCUCUGGCUGGAUGACAAUGCACUCACCGAGAUCCCGGUCAGAGCUCUCAACAACCUUCCUGCCCUGCAGGCCAUGACCUUGGCUCUCAACCGUAUCAGCCACAUCCCCGACUACGCCUUCCAGAACCUCUCCAGUCUUGUGGUGCUGCAUCUACAUAACAACCGCAUCCAGCAUGUGGGGACCCACAGCUUCGAGGGACUACACAAUCUGGAGACACUAGACCUGAACUAUAAUGAGCUGCAGGAGUUCCCCGUGGCUAUCCGGACCCUGGGCAGGCUGCAGGAAUUACAUUUUUAUGACAACCCCAUCCAGUUUGUGGGAAGGUCGGCAUUCCAGUACCUGUCUAAACUGCACACGCUAUCAUUGAAUGGUGCCACUGACAUCCAGGAGUUCCCAGACCUCAAAGGCACCACUAGCCUGGAGAUCCUGACCCUGACCCGUGCAGGCAUCAGACUGCUCCCACCGGGAAUGUGUCAGCAGCUGCCUAGGCUCCGAAUCCUGGAACUGUCUCAUAAUCAGAUUGAGGAGCUGCCCAGCCUGCACAGAUGUCAGAAAUUGGAGGAAAUUGGCCUCCGACAUAACCGGAUCUGGGAAAUUGGUGCAGACACCUUCAGCCAGCUGAGCUCCUUACAAGCUCUAGACCUGAGUUGGAAUGCCAUCCGUGCCAUCCACCCUGAGGCUUUCUCAACCCUGCGAUCCUUGGUUAAGCUGGACCUGACUGACAAUCAGCUGACCACACUGCCCCUGGCUGGGCUAGGAGGCCUGAUGCACCUGAAGCUCAAAGGGAACUUGGCCCUGUCUCAGGCCUUCUCCAAGGACAGUUUCCCGAAACUGAGGAUCCUGGAGGUGCCCUACGCCUACCAGUGCUGUGCUUAUGGCAUUUGUGCCAGCUUCUUCAAGACCUCUGGGCAGUGGCAGGCCGAGGACUUUCAUCCGGAGGAAGAAGAGGCACCAAAGAGACCCCUGGGUCUCCUUGCUGGACAAGCUGAGAGCCACUAUGACCUAGACCUGGAUGAGCUCCAGAUGGAGACAGGGGACUCAAAGCCACAUCCCAGUGUCCAGUGCAGCCCUGUUCCAGGCCCCUUCAAGCCCUGCGAGCAUCUCUUUGAGAGCUGGGGCAUCCGCCUGGCUGUGUGGGCCAUCGUGCUGCUCUCGGUACUCUGUAACGGGCUGGUGCUGCUGACCGUCUUUGCGGGCGGGUCCAGCCCGCUGUCCCCGGUCAAGCUUGUGGUGGGUGCGAUCGCAGGCGCCAACGCCCUGACGGGCAUUUCCUGUGGUCUCCUGGCAUCGGUGGACGCCUUGACCUUCGGCCAGUUCGCUGAGUACGGAGCCCGCUGGGAGAGCGGGCUGGGCUGCCAGGUUACCGGCUUCCUGGCCGUCCUGGGCUCGGAGGCGUCGGUGCUGCUGCUCACACUGGCGGCCGUGCAGUGCAGCAUCUCCGUGACCUGCGUCCGAGCCUACGGGAAGGCGCCGUCGCCAGGCAGCGUCCGCGCAGGCGCACUGGGAUGCCUGGCGCUGGCCGGGCUGGCCGCUGCGCUGCCGCUGGCCUCGGUGGGGGAGUAUGGCGCCUCUCCGCUCUGCCUGCCCUACGCCCCACCCGAGGGCCGGCCCGCCGCCCUGGGCUUCGCGGUAGCCCUGGUGAUGAUGAACUCGCUCUGCUUCCUGGUGGUGGCCGGCGCCUACAUCAAGCUCUACUGUGACCUGCCGCGGGGUGACUUUGAGGCCGUGUGGGACUGCACCAUGGUGCGCCACGUGGCCUGGCUCAUCUUUGCAGAUGGCCUCCUCUACUGCCCCGUGGCCUUCCUCAGCUUUGCCUCCAUGCUGGGCCUCUUCCCUGUCACCCCUGAAGCAGUCAAGUCGGUCCUUCUGGUGGUACUGCCUCUGCCUGCCUGCCUCAACCCACUGCUCUACCUGCUCUUCAACCCUCACUUCCGGGAAGACCUGCGGAGGCUCUGGCCAAGCCCUCGAUCCCCGGGACCCCUAGCCUACGCUGCAGCCGGUGAGCUGGAGAAGAGCUCCUGCGACUCCACCCAAGCGCUGGUGGCUUUUUCUGAUGUGGAUCUUAUUCUGGAAGCUUCUGAGGCCGUGCAGCCCCCUGGGCUAGAGACCUAUGGCUUCCCUUCAGUGACCCUCAUCUCCCAUCAUCAGCCAGGAGCCACCAGGCUGGAGGGAAACCAUUUUGUAGAGCCCGAUGGAACCAAGUUUGGGAACCCACAACCUCCCGUGAAGGGGGAACUGCUGCUGAAGACAGAGGGAGCCACAUUGGCAGGCUGUGACUCUUCCUCGGGUGGAACCCUCUGGCCCUCUGGCUCUCUCUUUGCCUCUCACUUGUAAAUAUCCCUCCCUGUUUGUCCUCUCCCCUCUCAAUGAUGGCUGCUUAUAAAAGAAAGACAACUAUGACUCCACAGCAGGAUGGCCAGUGCCUCUGGCUCCAUUGUUCUCUCUCCCUGGCCAUAACCAAUGAGUGCUUCCAGGUCUUGCUUUGUCUUGGCCUUCAGUUUCACUUUCACUCUGGGCCUUCCCGGUCCAAUCCAGUAUGUCUGACAGAGACCUGGGAAAUUUGCAUAGGAGAAAGGAGAAAAGCAAAAGAUAGUGAAAGUUGUGGGGACCUGACAGAGCCUUGAUCAGUGAGUGUACAGUGAGUGGGGAAGUCUCACAGAAGAAGGGACUGGAAGACAAACUACCAAAGACAUUGGAGCGCCUCCCCUAUGACUCAUGGAUAGGAUAUAAAAUGUGUUAUGUAUCCCAUUAAUCUUGACCUAUGCUGUGCCAAAGUGCUUCCUGUUAAAAUACACUUUGGAAGGCAUGGCAUAUUAUGUCCCUUCCUUAGAGUCAUGGGGUCAUGUUAGUGUCUAAAAGGGCCCGAGAAUUAGGACCUUUUGGCUUAAUUACCACAGCAGUUAAACUUAAUUAUUUGACGAUAGGUUUCUGCUUGCUUUUCGUGGAACACUUAACAAAUCUCUCACAGGACUUAGCACGGUUUUUCUCCCAGGGGACUCAUCUUCACACCAUGGAGUGCUGCCUAUGACAUCACAAGAUGCCGCCCUCUUUCUAAGCCCCUAUUGAAGCCAACCUGCUGUGAAGUGCCAGCAGUGACUGACAUCCAGGACAGAUUUUGCAUUCUGCUCCCCUCCCACCCCACUUAUCCUACUGGAGCAGACACCUGGAGAGCCUGCCUCAGCCCCCUUGGGAUGGGGAGGAAGAGACCUUGUGUAUGCUCCCACCCCACACCGACCCCAAGCAGUAAUGAAAUUUCUGCCCUCAGCAAGACAGGACUCUAAGUCCUGGCAAGAGUCACACUGUUCUAUGAGCUUCCCUGAGCUUCCCUAUGAACUUCCUCCUUCGUAUAGUUUUACCUUGUGUGCAUCCCACCCUGGCCGAGACCUCUCUUCUCACCCCAACCCUGUUUCUGGGAGGGAUGGACAACCCAAAAGAAGGGAUAUUUGUAUUUUAGGGGUAUUGCAUUUUAGGGAGUGCUGUAGUUAUCUGGGACUCCUGGGUGCCUCCAACAGGUCUUUGAUCCUUCUAUCUCUCCCCUCUUGAUUUUCCUUACCUUAUACUUCCCCGAGUGCAGUUGAGGGAUUAUGCAGUGCCUCCUGCCCCACUCCAAACACAGUUAUUCAAUCUCAGGGAGAGGAGGUAAGAAAUGGGAGAAGUCAAGAUUCAGCAAUAGAUGAUAAUUGCUCCUGGGACCGCCGCCACACCACCAUUUACCUAGAAAGGACUGAGUUGGGAUCCUGAAGCCCAGUGGAGCACCAUUCUCUGCCUGAAUCCUCUUGUGAUCCUUAGCCAAGUCCUCUUCCCAAAAACUCCACCUUUAAAAGAAGCAGAGAAGGCCCUUCUCUAAGUUUAAUAGUUAACUUUCCAUAGUUUAACUUCUCUGCGGUCACCUGAGUGCCCAGUGAAAAUUUUGCCAUAGGUCAACAAGCGGGGUGGAGAGAUGAGUCAGAGGCCAUGCCUGGAGCUUGGAACAUUUCUAAGCCUCCUGUGAUUCACUGAGUGGCCCCUAGACUCUAGAAGGCUCAGAAGCAGAAAACGGUGGCUUUCCGUAGGGUCUUCUCAUGGGGCCGGUUUCAGAGUGGGCAUUCACUAAAUGAUGGCAAAUUUAUUUAUCAAUUGUUUCUUGGUGCUUGAUCUCUUUAUUUCCCCAGGGCUCUGAGAGCCCUUGGUGGGAGGUCCCUGCACCCUGAGGUGGUUUUCUGAGACUCCCUAGGGAUGCCUGUUUUGUUUUGUUUUGUUAAGUUAGGGUUUUACUUCUGUGAAGAGUUGCAGGGCAACUCUAUAAAGACAACAUUUAAUUGGGACUGGCUUGCAGGUCCAGAGGUUCAGUCCAUUAUCAUCAAGGCAGGAGCAUGGCAGCAUCCAGGCAGGCAUGGUGCAGGAGGAGCUGAGAGUUCUACAUCUUCAUCUGAAGGCUGCUAGCAGAAUACUCACUUCCAGGCAGUUAGGACUAAGGUCUUAAUGCCCACACCCAACAGUGACACACCUACUCCACCAAGGCCACACCUCCUAAUAGUGCCACUCCUGGGCCAAGCAUAUCCAAACUCUCACAAUGGCAUAAUCGGCAUCCUUUUGGGGAGCCUUGACUUCUAGCAAGUUAUCUAGACUUUCCCCCUGCUCUCUCUGCCUACACCAUGAUGGGAUCAUUUUUUCCCUUUGUAGUUAAGGAACUGGCUCUGAAAUAGAGUGAAGCGGCCAUGUGUCGGUGGUCUAAGAAUAUAAGGCAUUGUUCCUUGAAGAGGUCUUCUAUGAAAAUGAGCCAGCCCCUUUGGGCUGCAAGCUUUAGCACGACACUGUUGUCACCUUAACUGUCUGCUUCGAAAUCUGGGCAUCAGCCAAAGUUCAACUUUCUCAUUAAAGAAGAGGCAAGGGAGAAGAGAGUUGAAGUUUCUUCCAUAAACUUUCAUUUAAAACCUCUAGCCAGGACUGGUGGUGCACACAGAUAAUCCCAGAAAGUGGGAUGUGGAGGCAGGAAGAUCGAGUGUUAGGGUCAUCCUCAGCUACAUAAUGAGCUUGAGACUAGCCUAGGCUACAUGAGACUCUCUCUCAAAAAAAAAAAAAAAAAAAAAAAAAAAAAAAAAAAAAAGCAUGCAAACAAAACCUCCUAAUACUAGUUCAUAUACAUUUACCCCAAAUAAGAUCGAGUAGUCAAGUUUCUUUGUGUUUUAUUCUGGGCCACAUUUCUAGCAAGCCAGGAUGUCAUUCCUUUGGCGAUCUCCUUUGUGAUCAGUUGAAGACCAUUGUCAUCUUCUAAGCAAACUUCCGGGUCUCUGUUCUACAUAAAUAUUUGGAUCUGACAAGAAAGACUGUGAGUCUUUGACUGAUCACAGGAUGAAAAACUGAACUGUUCGGAGCACCUAAGUGCUCUCUUGUUAUCGUUAACAAAAAUCUUCCCAAAGAGUGACCAUGGCAAAGAAUGCACUCCACGGUUGAGAUGGUAGAGGUAGAGAUGCCAGCACUUGGUACGUACUACCACGGGCUCUGUGUGCUGUGCUAGUAGUUAGUGCCAACCACCAUCUUUUCUUACAUGGAGGAGAACUCAUGGUGGACCAUGGCUUGUUAAGCAUCUCAUCGAAAUGAAAAAACCAAAAACAAACGUAGAGCUAGAAUCAAUGGGAAGGUUAUGAGUUGGCAGGGCUUCGUACUCGGCACUCCCUUUCCUCGUCCCCCCCACCCCCCGCUCCUUUGGGCUCACUUUGCCAGGAAGAGUACAAGCUUAAAGAGUAGGGGAGGAGGAGAAGAAAGAACUGGCAGUUGGCAGUAGGCUCUGGAGGCAAGGAUGGAAGAGGUAGUAGGAACUUCCUGGCCCCCAUCCCUCUGACUACCUCUGCUCUGGGUUACCCAGUUCUCCUUCCUAUGACCCACCACCUCCACAUCCCUUCUGGGUUCCAGUCUCAUGUUCUGUCCCACCCCCAGCCAUGUGAACUAUAAAAAUGGACAAGUUGUAAAUAUCUGGUUUUUCUGUAUAAUAAAGCACCUAUGAAAUAUCA